AUGUCGAGGCCGGAGGCCGAGGAGUGUCUGCUGGAAGAUGCCGCACCCUCGACGGCGGGCGAUGACGAGCGCUCGCACGAUUUCCGGUACAUUCGUCGGAUGGCGCGCGAAGAGGCGCGUCAGGUCCGAAGACGCGUAAAGCGCGUCCUUCUGUUCGAGCAGCUUAACAACUUCGUGCUCUCUUCCCAAGCGGUUCCCGUGGCGGUCGGCUUUGUGUUCGGCUCUUGCCUCAAGAACAACGUGGACGCCUUCGUGUCGUCUUUCGUCGCUCCCAGCAUAGCCGCUAUCGGGUCUCUGCAGCACCUCCGCGACAUGCACUUCACCGUCAACCACAGCAUCUUCCCAGUCGGCGUCUUCGUGGAAUCCAUGUUUGAGACGGCAAUCACCAUCCUCGCCCUGUUCUACCUCAUCGUCGUGCCCAUGAGCAUGUUCACGUCGCUGAAGUACGUGCCUCUUCGGACCUGCGAAGAGUGCGCGAGCUGGGUGAAGGAGACCGCCAAGCGGUGCCCGAGCUGUGGGCAGCCGACCAACUUCCGACCCGCGACGGCGGCGUUGAGAACAUAG